AUGACCUCAGCGGCAAUUUCAGCUACACGCGAGACGCGCUGCGCCCGCGCAGUCAUGGCUUCAACCGCUAAGGUUCUGGGCGUCACGGCCACUAUUGUCAUCGGCCUUGCUCUUAUAGCAGGUGGUGUAACAUGGGCCGUGCUAGCCACGAGGGGGUCGGACCCUCUCCCACCCGAGCUGAUUCCCUUGGAUUGGUGGCAGCAUUGCGUUCUUUACCAGAUAUACCCCAGGUCUUUCAAGGAUAGUGAUGGUGAUGGUAUCGGAGACUUACAAGGCAUAAUCAGCGAGUUACCCCACUUCGUAGACGCUGGAGUGGACGCAAUAUGGAUGUCACCGAUCUUCGAGUCGCCCAUGGUGGACUUCGGAUACGACAUCAGCAAUUUCUAUAAAAUCCACUACGAGUACGGCACCAUGGAAGACUUCGUUGAAUUUCUCAAUAGGGCACAUGAGCUUGGUAUAAAAGUGCUUCUAGACUUCGUACCAAACCACGCGAGCAACCAAUCGGAGUACUUCAUCAAGUCUGAAGCUCGCGAUCCAGGAUUCGAAGACUUCUUCGUUUGGGCAGACGGAAAGGUAGACCCAGAUGAUGGAACGACAAUUCUUCCACCAUCGAACUGGGUCAGUCAGUUCGGUGGAUCAGCCUGGGAAUGGAGUACGCGACGCCAGCAAUUCUACCUGCACCAAUUUGCCGUUCAGCAGGUCGACUUUAAUUUCCGUAACCAAGCUGUCCGGGAAGAAAUGUUCAACAUCAUGAAAUUCUGGUUGGACAAAGGGGCUGACGGGUUUAGGGUCGAUGCGCUGCCAUACCUGAUAGAAGCCGAUCCAGCCGACCACAACGGCAGUUACCCGGAUGACCCGCUCAGCGGGCGAAUGGAGUUCGAAUCGCACCAGCUCGGUUACACCAUUCCGCUGUACACUAAGGACCUUAUAGAGUUGUAUGACGUCGUGUACGAGUGGAGAAAUUACGUGGAUCGUUAUUUGGAGGACAAUGGCGGCGACACUCGGGUGCUCUUCUCCGAGGGUUACGCCAACGUCUCGAUGACGAUGUUGUACUAUGGGAACGAGAAAGGGACUAUCGGCGCUCACUUUCCUUUCAAUUUCGACUUCAUCACGGAUCUAUCCUCCAAAUCAACUGCGAGGGAUUUUGUUUACGUCAUCUUGAAGUGGUUAACUUACAUGCCGUACGGAAGAGUUCCUAAUUGGGUGUUUGGAAACCACGACAACAACCGGAUGCCGACACGUUUCCGUGAAAAUAUGGUAGACGGGCUCAACUCUUUGAAUAUGUUGUUACCGGGAGUGGCUGUCACAUAUCAGGGGGAGGAAAUUGGCAUGAAAGAUGGGUACGUGUCGUGGGAAGACACAGUCGACGUCGAAGCCAUUAACAGAGGUGACAACGAGACCUAUAUGUUGUAUUCGAGAGACCCAGCGAGAACGCCGUACCAUUGGAACAAUGCAACGAAUGCCGGUUUCAGCACAGCGGAGGAGACUUGGCUACCGGUUGCAGAAGACUAUCCAGAGCUGAAUCUGGCUUUACAGAAAGAAGCGCGACGCAGUCACUUCAAGGUAUACCAAGCGCUCACGUCUCUAAGGAAAAAGGAGAAAUCUCUUUCACACGGAGAGUAUGCUAUCCGGGCCCUAUCUGACAGCACUCUCUACUUAGUUCGGUAUUUGCGGACCCACGAUACCAUAAUCUUGGUAUUCAACGUUGGGGAGGCCAGUGACUCGGUGGAUUUGAGCAGAAUACAGCACUUGACACUACCGGCAACUGUUUACAUCUCUAGUAUACAUUCCUCCAGACUUGCUGGGGACAGCAUCGACGGCAAGCAGAUAACGUUAUCAGCGGGAGAAGCAAUCGUCCUAAGAUCGAAACCAGUCUCGUAA